AUGAUUAGUUUUUCCGCAAUCCUCGCUUUGGUCGUGAGCAGCGUGUGGGCCACGGACUAUACAUUGGAGUUCGAGGAUUCGGACCUGUACGCGGAGUGCAGUGAAAAACUGCCAGGGGCGAUUGGCCUCCGUGAAGCUUUCGAUAUGAGGACUGAGCUGGACAUGGAUGGCCUUCAUUUGUCAGGCAAUUGCACCACCGUCUGGGAUGUACCGUCCACCAAUCGCAUUGCACUCAGGAUGUCGGUUAUGCAUUUUGACCGCGGAACUUGGCAACCGACUGUAUUUAACACGUAUGCUCCAGACUUUUGUGCCGUGAUGUUCGACAAGGAGCUCUCCUGGUACAAGUAUUGGUUGAAAUUUGCCAACCGCAAAGAGAUUAGGGAGAAGUGCAUUGGAAGCAAAGGUACCGUCCUUGUAUAUAAGCCAUUCAUCAUGAAGCCGCUUUUUCAAAACGUAAUUGGACCAACUUAUCGCGGUCGCGUUAAGGGGGUAUUUAACUUUGAGUCGUACGACAAAAACAACGUUAGAGAACCGACAUUUGUCUGCUUUGAAGUCAGGGGCCAGCUUGGGAAGAUUAAACUAUAA